AUGUCCGAAUAAAACGACGAUGUUGAUUACCAAGCAGGAGACGCCGGUAGUUCUCAUGUUUAUCCUAUGUAAGCCGGUAAUAUUAAGAAAGGUUCAUAUGCAUUGUUGAAAGGUUUCCCUUGCAAAGUAAUUGAAAUGACAACUUGCAAAGCUGGAAAACAUGGUCAUGCUAAAGCAACUAUUGUCGGUGUUGAUAUUUUCACAGGAAAAAAAUACGAAGAUUCAUGCCCUACUUCUCAUAAUAUGGAAAUUCCUUUUGUUAAAAAAACUGAAUAUUAAUUAAUUGAUAUUGCAAAUGAUGGAUAUGUCACCUUUUUAUUAGAAAACGGAGAGACUAAAGAAGAUUUGAAAUUACCUGAAGAUGAUCUUGAAUUAUGUGCUUAAAUUAGAGCUGAUUUCGAAGCUGGAAAAGAAAUUUUAGUUGCUGUUACUUAAUCUAUGGGAAUGGAGAAAAUCUGCGCUUUUAGAGAAGCAGCUGGUGCUAAAUCUUGA